ACACUUAUAUGACUAACAAUUUUCAUAGGAAACAAGCAAUGAACAAGAUGGUGUUUUUCUUGCGGAGCUGACGUUGAAGGUGCGGGACUGCUUCGAUGCUGGCAAAGGACAGGAAGGGAGAUGAAGGGUGUUGUCUACAACAAGCUAACUGUAACCACUCUGCUUCCAGAGGUCACUGUUGUAGGGCCAAUUCAUGUUCUCAUACUUUUAAACGGUAUGAAGAGAGUGGAGAUAAGAUGGAGAUACUACCUUCUCCCCCUCCGAGAGGUCAGAGCAGUGCGCAGACAGUGCAAGCUCUCAAGCUGAAGAUUGAAGCAGGGACUCCUGAGAUGAGACGAAAGAUGAACAAAAAAGGAGAAUUGAGAUUGACCCCCCUGAAAAAUGGAGUAAAAUCACGUGGGGAAUCGAGCUUGUCACGUUCAGAUCUGAUGACGUCACGAAGUGAUGCGAUGACGUCACGUGGUGAUAUGAUGACGACACGAGGUGAUGUGAUGACGUCACGUGGUGAUAUGAUGACGACACGAGGUGAUGCGAUGACGUCACGUGGUGAUAUGAUGACGACACGAGGUGGUGUGAUGACGUCACGAGGUGAUGCAAUGACGUCACGUGGUGAUGUGAUGACGACACAAGGUGAUGCGAUGACGACACGAGGUGAUGUGAUGACGACACGAGAUGAUGCGAUGACGUCACGUAGUGAUGUGAUGACGACACGAGGUGAUGUGAUGAAGACACGAGGUGAUGUGAUGACGACACGAGGUGAUGUGAUGACGUCACGAGGUGUUCUCAUGACAUCACAUGAUGACGCAAUGACGUCACGCAGUCUUGUGAUGACGUCACGUACUGUCACAUCUACAGCCACUACUAGCUCUCCUAAUAUGAGUUUGAGAUCCGAGGGGAGUGGUCACAGUCUACACAAUCAAGAGGAAGUAUCAUUCGCAAGAAAUGGAGCCCCGUUAAGAACACCCAGUAUCAUGGACACAGCACGUACCCCCAUAACCCGUACAAGUGGAAAACAGUACACGCUCGGCAACAUACCACCCUCUUCUGACCACGAUACUGAGUACAUGAAGGAAGAAUUUGUCUCACGACUGAUGAAAGAAAAGGAAGAGCUGCUGAAAUUAAGGAAAAAGAAAGAAUUUCAGCGGGAGAAGAUCGUUGAAUUACGGCGUGAACUAGAGUGCAGGAAUACUGAUGAGAUGUUUAAUACGACUCCGGAACCAAGACAGAGACCAACAGAACUGGACCGCGUAAACUACAUCGUACAGGAAACUCCUAUGAAAUCCGACAGCAGCUCGAAUCCUUCACAGAGCCCAGACUCUGGCAGCUUCUCUCCCAGAUACCGACUCAGAGAUACUGAUCUCAAAAGCGAUGUCGCUAACCGCAUUUUAUUCUCUGAAGCUAACCAACGCAGCACUACCUCAAUAGUUUCAAACCAUGAUCUGACAGAGUUGCCGGUUCCAAUCUCUACCAAGAAGAGAUCACAAACAGAUAUCACCCCCGCAAAGAAUAGUGGGUUCCUGGGGAGGCGACCUGCUCCAUCUCAUACCCGAUCGAGGGACAGACUAGAUGAGAUACCUGCCACACCCACAAGGAGGGUAACGGUAGCUACUGCUCCCCCGACCUCGCAGAUAACGUCCACUUCGGAGCAUAGGCCUAGUAACUUUGAACCUCAAUCCAUGAUGACGACGCCAAUGCGACCUCGCACAAACGGUGUUGUUAAUUCUCACCGCAAUUCCGACAGCGAAAUCAAUUUGAUAAAAAACGGUGUGCGAAAAUCACCCCGUGAUUUUAAGCCAGCGACGCACGCAUCAUCCAUGUCCCAAAUAGACUCCUUAGGAACCCAUGUUAACCACCCCACUUCCGCACCCAAGUUAAACUUAAACCCAUCUGAAGAGGAAAGAUUCAAUGCCCUACCCCCUGAACUCAACUCCCCCUACAACGAACGAGCUGUAGACUGCGGCCCACCUCCAGAGGACAACAACCGCAAGAAUUUCUCCUUAGAACGGGGAGGCGCUAAACUCACUCCGCAUGGGUUUGACGUGGUGAGGACUGUAGUGAGGACUGAGGGUGGGGAGGGAGACAGAGAGGUUAACCCUACUCUCCUGGCUCCUUUCAGAAGGAGGAGCCGGAAGGAUAAGGACGUGAACAGUAACAAGGACAAGUGUAACACACAAUGAUCUUUCUGUCACGCAAUAUUACGACAUUACUGACAUACGUAUGUAAUAAGAAAGAGAGCCUUGUUUCGCAGAUUUAGGUUAGGAUAUGAGCUUAAGUUGGCAGAUUUAAUGAAAAGAGAUACGUUGGUGUUGAUUGUUGAAUAAUAUGUUGAAUUCCACAUUACUUGGAGACUGUGACAAGAAGACAUUAACUUCGUUCCAUUGACAAGAAAAUGAAUAUUCCAUUGAAGAGUAAGCUGUCACGUGGGGUGAGAUCUGUAUACAACUAAUUGGUAUUUUCAAAGAAAGCUUCCUGUCGUGACAGCUUAACUUUAACGUCAGAGAUAUUUGUCAUUUUUACUCAGGUGUUAUUAAAAUUGUGUCACUGGUAUCGGCAUACACUGCUAUGCACACAUUACACAAGGUAUUCAAGUGUUUUAAAAAGCAUUUACCUUUUUUAAGGAUUUUGAUUAAUUUUGGACGACCCAGAUUGACAAUGGGUAAAUUUAUAACUAAGAGUUAUGUUUUAUUUCAGUUAACUUAUAUCUCAGUAAGUUACGAUAUAAUAUGGUUCAAGGAAGCCUGCUUUACCGAUUCAGAAGAUAGCCUGAUACGGUUAUUACUUUUAUCGCGAGACAAUCAAGCGCUUUUUCGAUGCAUUUUCAGCAAGCGGAUUUGAUUGUUUUUUAUUUGAGUCGGUAUGGACACACAUCUUUUGUACUUUUUAGAGACCCUAUGUUUAGAGAGUUGCAAUUGCAUAUUUAAAUAUUUGAGAAUUGUAGAAAAUAACAUGUAUCUUGAACUUUUAACUUUAUUUGUGUUUUAGAUGAUGAAUUUCAUUUUUAAUUGAUGGGAAUUUCAUCUGAGAAACCAGAAGCAGCACCGAAUUAAAUACAAAAUAAAUUAAAACACUUGUAUGUUGGCGAAAGGAAAAUUAACUACAAUCAGCAAUACCCAUCUUGAGAUCCAAAACCACGAGUACGGUCCACUUUUCCUGAGCUUCAACUCAAGAAUACAACUCAGGCUACUAAACAUUUCCCACUGCUCAAGUUCAUUUACUCGGAAUCCUGUCUUUUUAUCUCUAUGUGUUUACAUGCAUCCAUAUUAAAUCUACAUGGUGCUCAUGAUUUUUGUUUUUGAACUACACAAAAUAAGAAUAUUUUUAAAAUCUCAGAUUUUAAAGUUCGUAUCAUAAAAACUGUAGGACGAUAUCUAAUAAUAAUAAUUUAACGUAUUUACAAUUUAAUAUAGAUGCUCCGCGU